ACCAGCAGAGGCAGCAGCCGGAGCAGCCGCAGCCUGCGCCCUCUCCCGCCCGCCCGCCCUCCGCCCGCCCGCCCGCCCUCCGCCGCCCUCCACCCGCCCCGGGGUCUCUUUCCCCCUUCCUCCUCCUCCUCCUCCACCCCCCCUUCCUCCUCCGCCCGCCCGCGGGGCCCCCCUCGCCUUCCCGCCCGCCCCUAUUGUUCCGCCCCCGGCCUCCCGCCCUUCCCCUUCCCGCCCGCUCCCCUUUUCCCCUCAGUCGCCUCGCGCCUGCAGUUUUUGGCUUUCACCCCCACCAGUGACCAAAGACUUGACCACUCAAAGUCCAGCUCUCCAGAACACUGCUCGACAUGGACACCGGUGUGAUUGAAGGUGGAUUAAACGUCACUCUCACCAUCCGGCUACUUAUGCAUGGAAAGGAAGUUGGCAGUAUCAUCGGAAAGAAAGGAGAAUCAGUUAAGAAGAUGCGCGAGGAGAGUGGUGCACGUAUCAACAUCUCAGAAGGGAAUUGUCCUGAGAGAAUUAUCACUUUGGCUGGACCCACUAAUGCCAUCUUCAAAGCCUUUGCUAUGAUCAUUGACAAACUGGAAGAGGACAUCAGCAGCUCUAUGACCAAUAGCACAGCUGCCAGUAGACCCCCAGUCACUCUAAGGCUGGUGGUCCCUGCUAGUCAGUGUGGCUCUCUCAUUGGGAAAGGUGGUUGCAAGAUCAAGGAAAUAAGAGAGAGUACAGGGGCUCAGGUCCAGGUGGCAGGGGAUAUGCUCCCCAACUCAACUGAGCGGGCCAUCACUAUUGCUGGCAUUCCGCAAUCCAUCAUUGAGUGUGUGAAACAGAUCUGCGUGGUCAUGUUGGAGUCCCCUCCGAAGGGCGUGACCAUCCCGUACCGGCCCAAGCCGUCCAGUUCUCCGGUCAUCUUUGCAGGUGGUCAGGCCUAUACCAUUCAAGGACAGUAUGCCAUUCCACAGCCAGAUUUGACCAAGCUGCACCAGUUGGCAAUGCAACAGUCUCAUUUUCCCAUGACGCAUGGCAACACCGGAUUCAGUGGCAUUGAAUCCAGCUCUCCAGAGGUGAAAGGCUAUUGGGCAGGUUUGGAUGCAUCUGCUCAGACUACUUCUCAUGAACUCACCAUUCCAAAUGAUUUGAUUGGCUGCAUAAUCGGGCGUCAGGGCGCCAAAAUCAAUGAGAUCCGUCAGAUGUCUGGGGCGCAGAUCAAAAUUGCGAACCCAGUGGAAGGCUCUACUGACAGGCAGGUUACCAUCACUGGAUCUGCUGCCAGCAUCAGCCUGGCUCAGUACCUAAUCAAUGUCAGGCUUUCUUCGGAGACGGGUGGCAUGGGGAGCAGCUAGAACAAUGCAGAUUUCAUCCAUAAUCCCUUUCUGCUGUUCACCACCACCCAUGAUCCAUCUGUGUAGUUUCUGAACAGUCAGCGAUUCCAGGUUUUAAAUAGUUUGUAAAUUUUCAGUUUCUACACACACUUUAUCAUCCACUCGUGAUUUUUUAAUUAAAGCGUUUUAAUUCCUUUCUUUGUUCAGCUGUUAAUGCUGAGAUCCAUAUUUAGUUUUAUAAGCUUCUCCCUGUUUUUUUUUUGUUUUGUUUUGUUUUUGUUUUUUUGGCUCAUGAAUUUUUUUUUUUCUGUUUGUCAUGGAAAUGUAAGAGUGGAAUAUUAAUACAUUUCAGUUUAGUUCUGUAAUGUCAGGAAUUUUUCAAAAAAAUUAAAAGAUGGACUGGAGCUUUUUCUUUGUGAAUAGAAACUGGAUGCCA